AGCCUAUCUUUUUCAAAUCCCUCCGGAUCAAAGAAGAAAGAUUCAGGCCAAAACCAAACAAAGCUUCUUCUUCAAAUCUCCAUUCUCUGUUAUCUCUCAAGCCAAAACCAAAGCAAACUCAUCUCCAAAGCCAUUGCCUCAGCCAACAAUGGAGCUCUCUCUCUUUGGAGAAAUUUUUCUUCCAAGAGAUGCGAAGAUGGAGAGAUGAGGUGCAGCGGCUUUCUCAGAUCUGUGUUUGUUCUUUUUCAGUAUCUGCUCUCUCUCACAUCUGAUUUCUCUGGUGGGAGUGGGACGGCUCGGGUGCAAACGAAGAAGAAAUCAUUUUGUUGAGUGUAAGUUUCGCAUUUCUCAAACUAAAACCCUAACCCUUCGGAUUAAUCAUCUUUGUGUUUGUUAGGCAUCAAAUAUAUCCUCCCGUUCUUAUUCUCUAACCAAGCAACACAGAUAUCAACAAAUGUCGAUGACCAACGAAUUGCCUGAAGAUUUGGUGGAACAGAUUCUGGUAUGGCUUCCGGUCGUCUCUCUCUUGCGUUUAAAGUGCGUCUGCAAAUCCUGGUACGCUCUCAUUACUCACCAAAACUUCAUAACAAAACACCUUCUACACAAGAAGAAGAACAACACCCACAUUCUCCUUCACACGCGCGACAAAGCCACCGAUGAUUAUGUUGUAUCCAUGCUUUCUUAUGAAACACUCCAAGUAUCCCGUACACAGCCUCUACCUCCACCGUAUUUUGAGAACAACAAGAAGUUUGCACCUCCACCGAUUCAUGGGAUCCACCUCAAGGUUAGUAUUGUGGUUGUGGGUUCUUGCAAUGGUGUCGUUUGUCUCCACGAUAACUAUGGAUUGAAAAUUGUUCUAUGGAACCCUGCAACUAGAGAAUCAAAGGUUGUACCCGAAUCAAAACUGUUACGCUGCCCCGCUGGCUAUGUCGUCUACUUAAAUGGUAUUGGAUUUGGUUUUGAUGCCAAAACUAAUGACUACAAGAUAAUCAACCUUAGGCGCACUAUGCCCGACCUUACUAUACCCCAUUCUCGAAUACAAUGCAUAUUCCAAAGUGAGGUAUAUAGCCUAAAUGCGGAUUCUUGGAGAAAAGUUGAUAGCGUCCGGUGUAUUAGUGAGAGUUUUAGAGGUUUGCGAACAUACACCAAUGGGAUGGUUUCUUGGGAGGUACAUUGUUGUGAUUGGGAUGGUGUUUUGUCAUUUGACAUGAGCGAUGAGGUAUUCCUAAAAACAUCGCUGCCAGAUGAUGUUACAGCUGAUUGUUAUAAACGCCUUUUCGUGCUGAAUGAAUUGAUUGCUAUGGCAGUUACUAUCCCGGAUGAAGAAUGGUCGGAGGUUUGCUUUGAUAUAUGGUUGAUGCACAAAGUUGGUGUUAAGGAGUCAUGGACUAAGCUUUUCACUGUUGGACCGUCUACAGAAAUUGAACGACCAUUAGGAGUUUGGAAGAAUGACACCAUGUUCUUGGAAAAUUCUGAAGGACAGCCGGUCUUGUAUGACCCCUCUACCAAAGAAAUGACUAAUCUCCAAAUUGGUCACGAAGCAACAUACACGUUGCAGUUGGUUACUUACAUGGAGACCCUAGUUUCUGUCAAGGGCGGAAAUGAAUUUGAAGAGCAAGGCAAUUGUUGACAAUGGCCAUCUUUUUGUAUCUGUAUCUAUUCCAAGUGUGUUUCAAGCAGCAUAUAUGGGCUGCGACAAUAUUUUCUGCUUACUGUUGUUAAUGAUGUCUUUCUCGUAUAUUUGUACUCUUUACGUUUAACCCGUAUAUC